AUGGGUAACCCUAUAAAAAUGGAGAUCGACUUAACUACUCAAGUGUCGGAAGCUGCAAACAUUGAUCGUACUCUAGUCAGCCGUGUAAUUCCAAUGUUCGAGAAUGGCUAUACUGUGCCAUUUAUUGCACGCUAUCGAAAAGAAGUAACUGGGGGUGCAGAACCAACUGUGUUACAUAGGCUGAAGGAAAAGAUGAACGACUGCAAAGUGCUUGUUGAUAAAAUCGAAAAGUCACUCCAGUUUUUUGAUAAAAAUGGAUUAUUAACCAAUGAAUUAUCGCAACAGUUGAUGAAAUGCAAAACAACUGAAGAUAUUAAGCUCCUGACAGAUCCCUUCAAGUCUAAGGGUCCGCGCACUCUCGCAGGUCGAGCAAAAGCUGUCAAUCUGGAACCUCUUGCUUUGGAUAUACUUCAUUCAAAUAAGUUUGUUGAUAUAUAUGGUCAGGCACCUCCAGAAGCCAAAAAGACGUUUACAUCGAAAACGGCCAUUGAAGAUGCUGUUUCUCAUAUAAUUGCUGAUAUUUUUGCUAAGGAUUUAGAUAUUAUUCGAAAAGCUGAAGAAUUAUGUUCCAAAUACAGUGCUACACUUGUCACAACCAAGAAGUUAAAACGUGAUAAAAAAGUUGUUGAACAUUCAUCAGGAGAAACUCUUCCAAACUUUAUGUCUAUUGAUGAUGAUGAUGAUGAUGCGAAUGAGAAUGUUGAGGAUGUUAAUUGCGCUCAAAAUUCAUCUUCUUCUAUGAAUAAUACUAAUAAUAAUUUUAGAAAAGAUGAUUUGAUUACAUUUAAAAAUUAUUUAAAUUUUUCUCGUUCAGUUUCAUCAGUUCUAGCACAUCAGAUAUUAGCUAUUAAUCGGGCUAAUGAAAGAGGUGUGAUUAGUGUAAAAAUUCACUUAUCACCACAGGUACAACAUAAUUGUGCAACAUUUGUAUCUCAAAAAUAUUUUUCUACUACUAAUCGUAUUCAUUGGGAUUUUGUAAUGUCAGCGUUUAACGAUGCUUGGAAACGCUUAAUUGAACCGUUUUUAGUGCGUAGCAUACGCUCUAAAUUAACAACUUCAGCUCAAGACGCAUCUGUCGAAGUAUUUGCAGAGAAUCUUCGACGCCUCUUAAUGACUGCACCGUUACGUAUUCCAGUUUCAUCAAAUCACUCCACAGGAAAUAGUGACAAUGAUAUUGGGAUGGUAUCUUCAGCAUCUGGUGCGCCAGGUGAUCGUCUUCCUGUGAUUGGAUUAGAUCCAGGCUGGAGAAACGGUUGUAAAUGGGCUGCAUGUGAUCCUCAUGGGAAUGUUUUAAGCACAGGUAUCUUAUGGCCACCGCAUACAUUGGCUGCUGUCCCACCGAAAAAAUUGAGCAUGCAAAAUGGACCGAUGAAUAAUAAUGGUUUGGGCGCAUUGACUGCAGUUAUGCAGCGUCACCAAAUUGAAACAAUAGCUCUUGGUAAUGGUCAAGGUAGUCGACAAACUGGUUCUUGGUUAGCGCAUUUAAUACAAAUUCAACAUUUUAAGCCAUUAAAUGUUCGUUAUGCUGUUGUAAGUGAAUGUGGUGCUUCGUAUUACAGUGCAUCAAAUUUAGCUUGUACAGAAUUGCCAGAUUUAAAUGUUAGUUUUCGUGGUGCAGUAUCCAUAGCUAGACGUCUACAAGAUCCUUUAGCUGAAUUAGUCAAACUUGAACCGAAACAUUUAGGUGUUGGUAUGUAUCAGCAUGAUAUACCAGAACGUCAAUUAGUUUCCACUGUUCAUAAUGUUAUGGAAGAAUGUAUAAGUUUCGUUGGUGUUGAUGUGAAUGCAGCUCCUUUGCAUAUUUUAUCACGUGUUUCUGGUUUAUCUGAAAUGAAAGCUAAAGCAAUUUUGACUUAUCGUUCUCAAAUUGGGCCUUUUCGUUCCAGAGCUGAUCUACUUAAAGUUAAAGGUAUUGGACAAGCUACAUUCGCUCAAUGUGCUGGAUUUGUACGAGUCAAACCCACCUAUUCUACAACUACUUUAGACGGUACUAAGGACGUUGAAAUGAUAUCCAUUUCCAGUGAUGAUGACGAUAACGGUGAUGAUUUUGCUUGUGAUACUAGAAUAACCAAUAUUUCCACUGGUAGUACUAAACGUAAACAUAACUUCAAUGAAUUCAACAAGAAACGUAAAAAACAACGGUUAAUGAAUACAGCAAUUACUGAUCAAUCUGGUGUGAAUUGUUUUAAUCCACUAGAUCAAACUGCUGUUCAUCCUGAUUCAUAUGAAGUUGCAGCAAAAAUUAUUUCAUUGCUCCAAUUAAAUCUGACGGAUGUAGGAUCAAUGAAAAUGAGAACAGCUGCGACAAAGUUAAUGAUAAGUGAAGACAGUGAGCGUUGUUAUACUUUACUUUUCUCAACAAAAUGUGUGUUCUAGUAUUGUUUUGAUAUGAACUAUCUCCACUCACUCAACUUUAUAAAAAAAAGGAGAUAUCUUAAUUGACAAACACAAAGUUUAUCAAUGCCAAAAAUAUCUUCAUUCUCUAUUAUUUUAAUGAUUUGUUCUUUUAGGAGAUAAACAACUUGAGCAAUUUUGUUCAAAAACUAUUGGGCUUGAUACAUUACGUGAUAUUGUUGCAGCACUAACACGUCCUUUGGAUUUUGAUGAGCGUGAAGACUGUUUUACUCCAUUGUUUCAUUCGAGCAUCUUGAAGAUAUCGGAUUUACGUAAAGGUAUGCAAGUGAAAGGUCGUGUAGAGAAUGUUACCACAUUCGGUGCAUUUUGUGAUAUCGGUGUUGAAGAAAACGCCUAUAUCCCACGACAUGCCUACCCUCGAGAUUGUCCAACUUCUAACCGAGGAGUUAACAGUGAAAUGUCUACUGGAAUUGGCGUCAGCGACCGCUGUGAUAGUCAUCACAAAAUGUUCACUUUACGUUUGGGUGAUCGAAUCAAAGCUACGGUAUCGAGUGUUGAUGUUAAGCAUGGACGAGUUUCAUUGGAUAAAGUUUCUGUAUUGAUAAAUAAACAGUGAGGUUGAAAACUGAAAUAAACGUUUUUCUCCAAGAUCAUUUGUACAAUUAUUUUUGUAAGAAAUAUUUUAUUUACAAACGUUUUUGUUAUUGAACAUCUUAUUAUUGUGUAAUUUAUUUCCACAUAUUCUUUUAAACUGUUUGUACUACUUCUUAAGGGC